CAAAUGCACGCAUAGUUGCAACUCUAAUCAGUGUUAGUAUUGCUGGUUAUAUUGCUUUAGCAGUGUUAGCAGUUUUCGUCUUUUUACCACCAGUAAUACUUUCACUAGAAACCAUUGAACGUGAUGGGAGAAAUAUUGGACUGAAAUGCUGCAUUAGGUCGUAUUUACCACUUACAUCUAUUAUAUGGUGUAAAGAACCUGGAUAUGUUGAUAUGGAUACAAGGUCUUCUAAUGAUGACUGUUGUAAUGGAAUAAGAACAUUGACCUAUAUAACAUCUGAGGAAAACGACCUAGCAACUUACAAAUUCAUAGCUAGUAACAUGAUUGGAACCACGGAAAGCGACCCUGUACAACUUAACGACGACAAAAGGCAAACGUUUAUUCAUGAAAUAAUGUUGAAAGGUGAAUGUGAAAAAGUUCAUUUUGCGAGACUUGUUUUUAUUGGAAAAAAUGGAAGCGGAAAAACCAGUUUAAUGCGUAGAUUACUGGGGCAGAAUAAGGAAGAUGUCAAUUCUACACAAAAUACUGACGGAAUAGACGUUGGAAACUGCAAUAUCAAUAUUAAAGAUGGGAAAUGGAGCCAAUGUGAUGAGAUAAGCGAUGAUCUAACGAGAUUAAUUCAGGAAGUGUAUAGAGAGAAUGUUAUAGCUGUAGAAAGAUCAGCAAGUUCCAAAAAUAUGCAUCAGGAUCAUUUGUGUUCAAACACAGAUGAAAUAAGAACUGUAUCAGACGACACAGAAUAUUCCCAUAGUUCUGGUCAAAAGGAACAAGCGUUCUGCUGGUUAUGGGAAUUUGCUGGCCAGAAGGAUUUUUAUGCCAUUCACCAAGUUUUCUUGUCAAAUUGUGCAGUGUUUUUGCUGGUAAUCGAUAGCUUAAAAUUUACCACAUCUGAUAAUAUAGGGACUGAUAUUGAAGACUUGGGACAGUAUGUGAGUUUUUGGUUUGAUGCCAUUCAUUGCUACCGUUCGACUUCUACAUAUUAUAAUUAUCAAUUGGACCCUCCAAUUAUUGUUGUAUGUACAAAAGAAGAUAAAUUUAAGGAACCUUUAGAACGACAAAAACGAGAAUUCAAACUUCAAGAAUAUUUGGAAAAUGUUCUGGAAGAUCGGUUCCAGGAAAAACACUUGAGAAGAGUUUAUUGUGUUUCAAAUACUGAGGAUUUAGAUGAUGUUUUUGAAAAAAUAAGAAACGAUUUAUCACGUCAAAUUAUUAAUAUGAAAGCUUUGGGGAGAGUAUGUCCAUUAAACUGGUUUUUAUUUCAAAAAGUCUUAGGGAGACUGAUGGAGAGCGGUGUGCCAAUUUCUACAACCACCCAAUUGUUCCAAAUUGCAAAGCAUGAAGAUAUUGGAAUAACCAAUGAUGAAGAAUUCAAAUUAUGCCUACAACACUGUCAUGAAAAUGGAAUAGUUAUAUAUUUUGAAGAGGAAAAUUUGAAAGAUGUUGUUAUUUUAGACCCUAAAUGGUUGGCUGAUGCAUUCAGAUGUCCGAUGUUUGAUAAAACUGAAAAUUUAUCCAACGUUUCAGAUCACGUCCGAACCCUGACCGAAACUGGAGAAUUGACGGAAUCACUUAUCUAUGAUCUGUUCACGAAAGAACCGAAAUUAAAACUUUUAGAGAACAAAACACAUUUACUGGAAGUUAUGAAGCGAUUCGAUAUCAUUGUGAAUUUGAAAAAUUCAACUGCAUUGUACAUGCCAUGUAUGAUGAAAUCCUGCCCUUUUGAAGAAUUUCGAAAACAAUUUUUUGACAGCAGACAAUCCUUUUAUAAGACAAGUUGGUUUUGCUUACAGUUUCAGUUUCUUCCUCCAGAUUUUUUCAAUCACAUUCUUGCGUGGUAUAUUAAGCAGUACUCUGUGAGUAUGUUUCUAGAAAAGGGAACUCGUAACGAAAUGAAAGCUUUAUAUCGCCAGAUAGGUGUCUUUGAUUUAGAUUUGUCCGGUUGGGAAAAAUUAGUGGUUUGUGAAGGACCGAAUGUCAUAGCUCUUCAGGUAUGGAACUCACGAAAUUCUUGUCAAACAUAUGGAAAAUUACGAACAGACUUAGUUGAAUUCGUGUAUAGACUACGUCAUCGCUACAAACUAAAAAUAAAAUUUAUUAAAACGUUCAAGUGUAAAGAUGGUGACUUUAAAACUAAGCGACAGAAUUUAAAUGAUUUAAUUAGUUUUCAUUACCAAUGCUUAGAACAUAAAACCUUACACGUAUCGAACCAUUUAGUAGAGCCUUGGGAAUUCAGUACGGAAUUAAUGUAA